AUGCAGACUGCUUCGACAAACAUUUGUGAAAGACUGUGCAAUGUCAAUCAGUGAGAUUUCCUUGCUACUAAAUAUUCAACUGUUAGUGGUAUUAUAACAAAGUGGAAGCAACUGGGAACAACAGCAACUCAGCCACAAAGUGGUAGGCUAUAUAAAAUGACAGAGAGGGGUCAGCGUAUGUUGAAGUGUACAGUGCUCAGAAGUCGGCAACUGUCUGCGGAGUCAAUAGCUAAAGACCUCCAAACUUUGUGUGGCCUUCAGAUUAGCACAACAGCAGUGCAUGGAAUGGGUUUCCAUGGCCAAGCAGCUGCAUCCAUG